UAAAAAUGAAAAUGGGGCGAUGGGCAUUCUGGAUAUGGAAGAGGAGAGAGGGAAACCUGUCAACUCUGCAACAAAACCAAAGAGAAAAGGACCCAUUAAAGACUGAAAAUUGAAAGGAGGGUGAGUUGUAGAGUUGCAGACUUCUGCCACAUACAGGUUUUUAACUUUUGCCUCCUCAAUAAUUCUCUCUCUCCCUUCUUCUCUGUCUUUCGACCCAGAACGAUGUGAUUGAACCAACUAUACCAGACCUGGCUAAUCUUCUUCUCCUUCUUUAUCAAAAUAAACACCAACAAAUAUAUUUUCUUUUUUCUCAACUCUCUAUUGACUGGUUCUUCUCUGCAACUCAACCACCUCUCUCUAUAUUCUCACUUGUUUUCACAAUCCUGGUUAUUUUCAGUGGCUUCUUUGACAUGUGAGGUUCUGGCUGGGAACUCUUGCAAUUCCACUUAUGGCAUUAUCUUUUCACUUCUUCCUUUUUCUCCUGCUUCUCUCUUUCAGUCUUGGCUCCAUGGAAUCCGACGACGGAGCAACAUUAUUGGAGGUAAAGAAGUCGUUUAAGGAUGUGGACAACGUUUUAUAUGAGUGGACGGACACGCCAUCAUCAGAUUAUUGUGUUUGGAGGGGCGUCACUUGUGAUAAUGUCACCUUCAAUGUCAUUGCACUUAAUCUCUCAGGUCUAAAUCUUGAUGGGGAAAUCUCACCUGCCAUUGGAGAUCUCAAAAGCCUGAUCUCUAUUGAUCUCAGGGGAAAUCUUCUAUCUGGGCAGAUUCCAGACGAGAUUGGGGACUGUUCUUCCUUGCAAAGCUUGGACUUGUCAUUUAAUGAGCUAUAUGGAGAUAUCCCAUUCUCCAUUUCAAAGUUGAAAGAACUGGAAUAUCUGAUUCUGAAAAACAAUCAGUUGAUUGGACCAAUUCCAUCUACUUUAUCUCAGAUUCCAAAUUUAAAAAUUCUGGACCUUGCUCAGAAUAAACUGAGUGGAGAAAUACCAAGGCUUAUAUACUGGAAUGAAGUUUUGCAGUAUCUUGGUUUGCGGGGGAACAAUUUAGUAGGCACGCUUUCUCCAGAUAUGUGCCAGCUGACUGGUUUAUGGUACUUUGAUGUGAGAAACAACAGUUUGACUGGAAGCAUUCCUCAAAAUAUAGGCAACUGCACUGCCUUCCAGGUCUUGGAUUUGUCCUACAACCAGCUAACUGGAGAAAUUCCAUUCAACAUUGGAUUUCUGCAAAUAGCAACAUUAUCCUUGCAAGGUAAUCAGCUUUCAGGGAAGAUCCCAUCUGUGAUUGGUCUCAUGCAGGCACUUGCAGUGUUGGAUUUAAGCUGUAACAUGCUUAGUGGGCCUAUUCCUCCCAUCCUUGGAAAUUUAACUUACACAGAGAAAUUGUAUUUACAUGGUAAUAAGCUGACAGGACCUAUUCCCCCAGAGCUUGGAAAUAUGACGAAGCUUCACUACCUGGAACUGAAUGAUAAUCACCUGACAGGGAGAAUCCCACCAGAGCUGGGGAAGCUGACUGAACUCUUUGAUCUAAAUGUUGCUAACAACCUCCUUGAAGGACCUAUACCUGACAAUCUUAGUUCAUGUGCAAAUCUUAACAGCCUCAAUGUACAUGGGAACAAGCUGAAUGGAACAAUACCUCGUGCAUUCCAAAGGCUAGAGAGCAUGACUUAUCUGAAUCUUUCCUCCAACAACAUUGGGGGCCUUAUUCCAGUUGAGCUAUCUCGUAUUGGUAAUUUGGAUACUUUGGACAUUUCCAAUAACAAAAUCAAUGGCUCUAUUCCUUCUUCUCUUGGUGAUUUGGAACACCUUCUAAAACUGAAUUUAAGCCAAAAUCACUUAACAGGAUUUAUUCCAGCAGAUUUUGGGAAUCUAAGAAGCGUUAUGGAGAUAGAUCUUUCAAAUAAUCAUCUCUCAGGCUUGAUUCCUCAGGAACUUAGUCAACUUCAGAACAUGUUCUCAUUGAGGCUCGAGAAUAAUAACUUAUCAGGGGACCUGACAUCUCUAAUCAACUGUCUUACUCUUGUUGUCUUAAAUGUAUCUUAUAAUAACUUUUCUGGAGAUAUUCCUACGAGCAAUAACUUUUCAAGAUUUUCACCUGACAGCUUCAUUGGUAACCCUGGUCUUUGUGGUUACUGGCAUACUUCUCCAUGCCAUGAGUCUCAUCCAACGGAACGAGUUACGAUUUCUAAAGCAGCUAUUCUCGGGAUCGCUCUUGGUGCCCUUGUAAUUCUUCUCAUGAUCUUGGUGGCAGUUUGUCGACCCCAAAGCCCUGCACCAUUUCCAGAUGGAUCACUUGACAAACCAGUUAUAUACUCAACACCGAAAUUGGUGAUCCUUCAUAUGAACAUGGCUCUUCAUGUGUACGAGGAUAUCAUGAGGAUGACAGAGAAUUUGAAUGAGAAGUAUAUUAUUGGUUAUGGUGCAUCAAGCACGGUGUAUAAAUGCGUGCUUAAAAAUUGCAAACCAGUUGCAAUCAAGAGACUGUACUCGUAUCCACAGUGCAAGAAAGAAUUUGAGACAGAGCUUGAAACAGUUGGGAGCAUCAAACAUCGAAAUCUUGUGAGCCUCCGAUAUUCUCUUUCGCACUCUGGGAACCUGCUCUUCUAUGAUUAUAUGGAAAAUGGAAGCCUAUGGGACCACCUUCAUGUUCUUUUCCUCUUGUAUCAGAUAUUGUCCAAGACUGCCAACAACGCAGUGAUGGAAACUGUUGAUCCUGAGAUUACAGCCCUAUGUAAGGAUCUUGGAGCAGUAAAGAAGGUUUUUCAGCUUGCCCUUCUUUGCGCCAAAAGACAGCCAUCAGAUCGGCCAACUAUGCACGAAGUAACACGAGUCCUUGGCAGCCUCACACCAUCAACUUCACCUCCAAAGCUGCAGCCAAUUACCUCGACUCAACGCGCAUCAAUCUUAACUGGUAAUAAGAUGCCUUGCUAUGUGGAUGAGUAUGCAAAUCUAAAGACUCCACACCUGGUAAAUGUUCCCUCCAUGAGCACUUCAGAUGCUCAGCUCUUUUUGAAAUUUGGGGAGGUAAUAUCUCAAAAUAGUGAAGUGAAGUGAUAAAAAUUAUCCAUUAAAACACAAAGCAAAAACCAGAGAAAUAGAGAGAGAGAAUCAAGGGAUGGUGUACAAAUUAAGAUUCUAUAUCAAUUAUUGUAGCUUAGAGAGAGAUAAAAUUUUAAAAAGUAAGAAAAAAGAAGAUUGGACUAGCUUUUGUUAGACAGCUUUGAAAUGUAGCCGAGGCAGAGCUGAAGCAGUGCAGAAAAUCAUGAAUGAAUAUAUAUGUAUGUAUGUAAUCUAUAUAUGUUAUGAAAGUCAGGAUGGUAUUUACUGGCAUAGUUUGUGGGGACCAGAGAGGUGUCUGGCCAAGUGGGGCUAACUGAGCUGCAUUAUGUGUGUGAUCAGCAAUAAUGCUCUGAGGAACCCUUGUCUCCAUGUUGAAAGUUCCAAGUAGAUUGCCUGCUGUCCUUUAAUUUCAACUUUCAAGUCCAAA